GUCUUAAUUGUUGAGAGACCAUAAAUGAUAACGUGUGCAGGAAGUGACAGAUGCUUAUUUACAAUUACAAAUACUUAACUUUAACAUUUAUUUAUUUAUUAAUAACAUGUGGAACAGGAGUUUAUUAAAAUAAAAAGAAGGAAAAUCAUCAUUAGUUAAAUGUUUAAAAAUAAAGGUUUGACAUUGGAGUAUAAAAUUGAUUUAUUAUGUUACAUUGCUAGCAAUUGCCAAAAUUGAUCUUUUUAAAAUGAGACGAUCACAUUCAGGAGGGUAUGCUUACGAGCCGGUACCUAGUACAUCAGCUGCUUCUCUGGAAGACGAAAAUGAACGUAUUACCGACGAACUUCGAGACAAAAUCCAUGCUCUUAAAUCAUUAUCCAUUGACAUUGGCGCAGAAGUUAAAUAUCAGGAUAAAAUGCUAAAUGAAAUGGAUGAUGAUUUCGAAAGGACUAGAGGAUCUUUAUCAUCGUCAAUAUCACGAGUAUUACGUUUGUCAAAAGGAGGACACAAUUGUUAUAUUAUUUAUAUUUUCCUAUUUUCUAUAGCAGUAUUUUUCGUUCUAUGGUUGGUUUUAAAAUUAAAAUGAAUAUAAUUAUUCUAAAUCAUGUAAGAAACAACUGAAUUUUUAUCAACAACAUUUUUAAAUAUGUAUCAGAUUUUUUAUUUACACAGUUUAUACCUGAAACUAUGUAAAGACACUUUAUGACACUUGUAAAAAAUGAUAAUUAUGACAUGAUAAAAACUUGUUUAAUGUUUUUUAACAAAAGGGCAAAAAUUAGAGGAGAAUAUUUUCUAUAAAGUUGUAUAAAAAUUUAAGUACUCUGUAAAUAUGAAUAUAUUUAACUAUAGUUCGUAAA